AUGGCCACAAUAUCGAGAUGGACGCAUCUUGUGCGGUUCCUAGCUGUUGAGGACGGCCGCAUCCAUUUGGGACAAAUUGAUGCGAAGAAGUGGCCGGACAUCGGUCUCGCCCUCGAUAUAGGGGCCAGGAUUACUGCAAACCUUAUCGAAGGGAAUGCAUUCAAUGGUAUCGUCACGAACCGGACCAUGGAAAUUUCACGGGUUCUCUCACCUUUGAGCAUGGCAGAGGUGCCUGUCAUUCGGUGCCUUGGACUGAACUACCGCGAUCAUGCAAGAGAAGCCAACAUGCCGAUCCCCGACGUACCUGUUCUCUUCCUCAAGCCUCGGACGGCGUUGAAUGGGCCCGCACCAGCGAAAAUAAAUAUCCCAAAGAUUGCCCAAGAUGGGACGAGUGACUACGAGGCUGAGCUAUCAAUCGUGAUAUCGAAAACGGGUCGAGAUAUUCCCGUGGAGCGCGCAAUGGAGUAUGUCCUAGGAUACACUUGUAGCAACGACGUGAGCGCCCGAAACCAGCAGUUCAAGAAUAGCCAGUGGUGUUUCUCCAAGGGCCUCGACGGAUCCUGCCCUAUUGGGCCGGUGCUUGUGGCACCCGCUGCCAUCUCAGACCCUCACAAGCUCCAGAUCAAGGCUACCUUGAAUGGUAACACGGUACAGAGCUCUAAUACCGGAGAAAUGAUAUUUGACAUUGCCUCGACCAUCUCUUUCUUAUCACAAGGCACCACUCUGGAACAAGGGACAAUUAUUAUGACAGGUACAGGGCCCGGCAUCGGAGCCAUGCGCAACCCCAAGAUCGCGUUGAAAGAUGGUGACAUUAUGCAUAUCGAAAUCGAACAGAUUGGAACACUGAUUAAUCAGAUCUAUUAUGAAUAA